UAAGUUUGUUUUACCUUCUUGUGUCACUUUUUGUUUGUACAACUAACUAUGCCUAAGCGAAGUCGACAAGUAUUUUUCUAAGUAUUCUCCGCAGCUUUGAACAUUUGUAUGUCCAUUUAUGUCUAUAAUUUCUUUUUGAUCAAAAAGGUAUGCAUAUUUACAAGAAAUAGUAUAGAGUUCCAUUUUUUACAUAAUCAAUAAAUUAUGCAAUUCAUUAGGCAUAUACACAUAUAAAGUUUCCCAUACUUCUUAAUAGUAACAGUUUUGUUGAGAAUUCAUAAAAUCGUUUAUAAUUUAUUGAGAUCUGAGAUGGAAACUUUUCAAGGUAAGUACUAUGCACGAGGCUAAUAUUAGUUUGUAGGCUUGCUCACACUUAGAAUUAGCAAUGCAACCCCAGAAUCGUAUAUAAAAAUAAAAAAACCACAAUUUAAAGGCUUUGCUUACAUUCAUAGUUUCCACACGACAGUUGCAGAGAGGAGACCCAUAAAAAUGAAUGGUUUGACUGCCGCCUCUUCGGAAAAAGCUACAGAUUCUUAUCGCGCAGUGUCGGUACACUUCCACUGUCUACUGUAAGAGGGCUUACCCAUAGCACUCGUCCGAAUGGACGAUAUAGGUACAUAGGACGGUGGAUGUGACGAUACUGGCUAUGAGUCGCCGCUAUACUGCUUUGGGCUCCGAGUGUUUGCCAACAGUAGUAUUAUUGUCGCUUGUGCUUUUUCUGCGUUGGUACCGACAGACUCCAGGGAACGUCUAGAACGUGAUCUGCCAGGGCAACCUUGAAGUAGCUUUGUAUUAGCUUGACAAGUACUACAAGUACUUUGAGCACUUCUUCCGUGUUGUUCAUGUUCUCACCUUUGCGAUCUCCGCCCUGUGCCGGCGAUCGCCAUGGAUGCCUCGUAUGCCAUUCUUGCAGACUAUAGCGGCCGGUCUUCGCACUGAUAUUAGCACCGCCCCAUGUGUACAUACAUAUGUACAUACAUAUCAGAGAACAACUAGAACUUCGAAUACUUACGGAUUCUGACAGCUAGUAUUAACGACUGAAAUAUUACUCUGUUAGCCUGGUUAUUUCUGGAACGUUUUGCAGUUCAAUGCUAAUUGUUAAAGAAAGUUCAUAUGUAUGUUGACUUGAAAUAUCUUUCUGAUGAGUGCUGUCAGUUAUUGUGCUGUCAGCGAAAUGAAUAGGAGUGUGUGGUCUUCAGUCUUACCAAUAUGUCUUAUUUUAACUUUAAAAACCAAAAAUAUUGAUAUGCAUAUGCGAGCUAAGCGCUUCCUUAUAUUCCCAAGGCAAGCUCCAACUAGACAUCAGUUCAUUGCUGGAAUAGGUAUACCAGCUAAUCUCGAUUAUGAAUCGCUCACCGUGGGCUACGUGUUAAAAGCCGAGUUUCAUCUACCCUAUAAUGCUACGGUUUUUCGCCAGAACCCCUUUUUGCCCGAAUACAACCACAAUACGUUACUAAACGCUGCAAAAGAAAGGAAAAUGUACGAGAAGCCCACGCGACUGCGCUGGCAUAUAUACGCUUUUAUUGAGUAUUUACUUAACGGUUACGGGUACAAUGGGCACGAGUGCCUUUUGCAAGCCAUCUGUGAGGCCAACAGAAUUAGAUUUUCCAAGGACUUUAGUGUUGGAGCUGAGCUAAUUCACUUAGUUCUAAGUCCCACAUCUACUUUGAACUCUAAAAUGGAUACAGCACAUGAUUUCAUAUUUGCGGAGAAAGCAGAAUCCUUGAACGACUGUUGGCGGUAUGACUGCAAUAUAAAUCUGAUAAAAUGGUUUUCGCAUGUCGUUAACUUGAAAAUCUAAGCUCGCUUUAAUAUGUCAAAAACUAAUGUAAUUAUACGUAACAUUCAGAAGUAAAAAAGGAAAAAAAGUUCA